AUUUUAUUUGUAUGUUGUACAAUCAAAUUUUUUUAAAUUCGUAAAAGCCGUUACACUUUCGUUACCGGUAGCCUGUGAAGUUGUUGUGGAUUGUCUCUUUUGAAAUUUUGCCUUUUUAACUUAAGUGUUUGUGUGUGUUUUUAUUAUUUGACGAUGCCAACAGAAAAAGAUAACGAUUCUGUUCAAGUAGCAGUUCGAAUCCGUCCCUUAAUCGAUAGCGAAAUUGGUCGGGGAUGUAGAGACAUUUUAGAAGUAUUUCCCGCAAUACAUCAAAUAAGGAUUAAAGAUUCUGACCGUGCAUUUACAUUUAAUCAUGUUUGUGACAGUAUGACUUCCCAGAUGUUAUUCUAUGGCAUGUGUGUCAAGCCUUUAAUUGAUAACUUGUUUAAAGGAUACAAUGUGACCAUCUUAGCAUAUGGACAGACGGGAUCUGGGAAAACUUACUCAAUGGGAACAGCGUAUGAUGGCGAUACAGACGGCGGAAUAAUUCCUCGCGCUGUCAAUGACAUUUUUAACUAUGCUAAUGACAACUUCGCAUACGACUUUCAUAUUACGGUUUCCUUUAUGGAAUUAUAUCAAGAAGUUUUAUACGAUUUGCUCACUGCGAAAUCAAGAGAGCAAUCUGUUGUGGAAAUUAGGGAAGACCCAAAAGGAGCCAUAAUUAUUCCUGGUCUCACGGCCGAACCUGUUAAGUCAGCUUCUCAGGCUUUGGACUUGCUACUAAAAGGUUCAAAGGGUAGGGUAACGGGUUCGACAAACAUGAACACACAAAGCUCUCGCAGCCACGCCAUUUUCACCAUAAAUAUCUUGAUGCAGCAAAAAAGUGAUAGUAAUAUGAAUAAGACUGCCAAAUUUUAUUUGGUCGAUCUCGCUGGGUCCGAGCGAUCGAAAAAGACUGGCGCAACAGGUGUGGCGUUUCGAGAGGGCGUCAAUAUUAAUAAAGGAUUGCUGGCAUUAGGCAAUGUCAUUUCCGUGUUGGGAGGUGAUAAACAACAAUCCUAUGUUAGCUUUCGGGACAGUAACCUAACUAGGCUUCUAAAAGAUUCCUUGGGUGGUAACAGUAUUACACUAAUGAUUGCCUGUGUGAGUCCGGCGGAUUACAAUUUGGAUGAGACUAUUUCAACCUUGCGUUAUGCAGAUCGAGCGAGACAAAUAAAGAACAAACCAGUAGUGAAUGAAGAUCCAAAAGCGGCCGAGAUCAAUCGACUUAAUAAACUGGUUGCGCAGCUGAGAUUGGAAUUAAUUGGUCAAGGUGGUCCCAUCAUUUGUCAGGCAGAGCUUGAACAACUGAAAAAAGAUAACGAGCUCUAUAAAACUAAGAUAAGGGCUUUAACUGAGCAAUUAUCAACAAUUCUGGGUGAUAAGACGACUCUCUUCGAAAGAGUGAUGCUAUUACAGGCGGCAAAUGAAAGAAUAACCCAAAAAUUGCGCCAAUUGCAGGACGAAUAUAACACCACUAUUAACAAUCUCUGCGUGGAUGACAUAAGCUCCGAAGUUCUUAAAGAACAAGUGACAAAGUUGCACUCGAUUCAAAACUUAUUUUCGGAGUUGUACUCGGAAACUCAAAAAAGUGACGAAGAAAUUCGCAAGCACGAGCGUUGCUUCACCAACGCGAGUUCUGAGCAAGCGAACUUGGUUGUCUCCGAAAGUGAAUUUUGCAAGAGACAAGAGAGCCACACAAAACAACAGUUGGCCUUGAAUGUUGAACUCCAACAACUCACAAAAGAGUUGGCCAUGAAGGAAUAUUUGGCUGAGCAAAUGUUGAUCAAUAACAACCACAUUAUUGAUUAUGACGCGGUUACCGAAAAUGAGAAUAAAGUUGCAGCACUACAAAAAGAACGAGAUGACCUGUUACAACAACUGAAAAAUGUUCAAGCGAACGAGGGGGGCAAGAAGAUCGCAGAACUUAGAAGAAAGCGUGUUCAAGAACUUGAAAGAGAGAUUCAAGAUCUGCACAAAAAGAUCACCGAACAAGCACGAUUAAUAAAGCUGAAGCAAAAAGACGAACAGAAGAUAAUUGUAUUAAACAACGAAAUACAGCAAAUGAAAUCGAAUAAGGUAAAGCUAAUCAAAAAUAUGAAACAAGAAUCUGAGAAAUUUAGGUCGUGGAAAGUGGAACGCGAGCGCGAACUGCUCAAACUGAAAGAGCAAGAUCGUAAACGCUUAAAUCAAAUUGUCAAAAUGGAAACCAUUCACAGUAGACAGCAGAACGUGUUAAAAAGAAAGGUCGAAGAAGCGGCCGCCAUUAACAAACGUUUGAAGGACGCCCUGGCGUUGCGGAAGAAUGUACAGGAUCAGAAGAGUUCGGGCAAAAUUGAAAAGAUCGAGUUGUGGCUGCAGCAAGAAUUGGAUGUCGUCGUCAAUACCGCUUUUGCCGAAGAGACGCUGACGCAUUUGUUGGAAGAUCGUGCGACGUUACAAAAGCAGUUGGACAGUUUGAAAGAAUUGUGCUCUAUGGGAGAUAGUGAUGAAAUUCGGCAACUGCAAGACGACAUUGAUUUUCGCUGUACACAGAUUCAGGAUCUUCAACAGAAAGUAUUGGAUUCAGAUCAAGGUAUGUGUUCCAAGAGAGUAGCUUUACACAAAAAGUCAUAGGUUUGUUACUGUUAC